ACUGGAAUCCUCUUCCACUCCUCCAUGACGAAAUCUAUUGGGCGCCUUUUUCUUACGUCAUUUUCACGCGACAGUUUCUAAAGGGGAUCGAAAAUAGUCAUUUCACACGAGAAACCAAAACUACAGAGUUGUAGGAGCAAUGGCAGUGAAGUCAGGAGAGGAGCGACUAAAGGAAAUGGAGGCUGAAAUGGCAUUAUUUGAACAGGAAGUACUGGGUGGUCCAGUGCCUGUUCCUGGUGGCAGCCCAGCAGUGGUAGAGGCUGUGUCCGUCACCCUUGCUGUGCCUGCUGUGCCCGUUGUCCGACCCAUCAUUGGGACCAACACUUACCAGCAGGUACAACAGAGUCUAGAGGCGAGGGCUGCCUUUGUGGGAACCCCACCCCCAGCCUUUGUUGGGCCAGCUGUUCCUCCAGUCAGGCCUUCUCCAAUGCGACCUGCAUUUGUUCCACACAUACUGCAAAGGGCAGGUAGUCAAAAAUUGCCCAUGAUGCGUGGACCUCCUCCCCAGGGUAUGAUGGCUCCGCCUUUACCCAGACCACCUCCACCUCCCCCUAUGAUGAUGGCUCCUCCCAUGCCUGGCCCCCCUCAGCAUCACAUGGGUCCUAUGGGACCAAUGGGACACAUGGGCACCAUGCCAUCGGUAGGAGGCAUGAAUCCAAUGGUGUCGGUUCCACCACGUCCUGUAGUCCAGGUCCCUCCUAAACUAACACCCACAGUUAUCCAGGCUGCCCCAACUGUCUACACAGCUCCCCCAGCACCCAAGAAACCUGACCUUCGUGCUCAGAGACAAGCACGCAUGGAGGAGUUGGCAGCUUCAGUGGCGGAGCAGCAGGCAGCAGUAGUAGCAGCUGGCCUCCUAGAGGCGAAGAAGGAGAGCUCCACCACAGACGAGGCUGUCAUUGGCCCCAGUAUGCCAGAGCCUGAACCCAUCCACACUGAGCCAGCAGAUGGUAGUUCUGAGGAAAAAAAGAAGGGAAAGCAGGAAAAGGUUAAGAAGUGCAUUCGCACAGCAGCUGGGAGCUCCUGGGAAGAUCAAAGCCUGCUGGAAUGGGACUCAGAUGAUUUCAGGAUCUUCUGUGGAGACCUGGGCAAUGAGGUUAACGAUGACAUCUUGGUGCGGGCCUUCAGCCGCUACCCAUCCUUCCUGAAGGCAAAGGUGGUGCGGGACAAGCGCACAGGAAAGACCAAGGGCUAUGGCUUUGUUAGCUUCAAGGACCCUAACGACUAUGUACGAGCAAUGAGGGAGAUGAAUGGAAAAUACGUGGGAAGUCGUCCCAUUAAGCUGAGGAAGAGCAUGUGGAAGGAUAGGAAUCUGGAGGUGGUGCGAAAGAAGCAGAAAGAGAAGAAGAAACUUGGGCUCAGAUAGGCUUGUUUCCUGCAGAGAUUGGUGUGUCUGUGUGUGUGUCUGUGUGUGUGUCUGUGUGUGUGUCUGUGUGUGUGUGUAAUUUCAUCUCUAGGGUGCAGGACCGGACCUGUAUGAAGUUGAAAAUAUCUCUUCGCUGACCUAAUGUUACUUUUCUGUCAUCUAUGACUAUAGAUAUUAAAUUCUUUUAGGAUCUCCUUUGUAAAGCCAUUGUGAAUUUGUUCAUUGAUCUUUCCCUAGAUUGAAUGAAUACAUUUUAUGUAUUCUUGACUGUUUUUUUUUUUUAUCUCUAUGAAUAAGGCUUUCCCCCCCACAUUUCAAAACUUCACUCCUAUAGUAAUGAUUUUUGUUUGUUCCCAUUUAAAGUUUAUUUUUUGCAUUACUGUCAAUACAUUUAUUUGCCCUGUAAUUUUCAGUAUGACGAAAGCUUGAGUAAGUUUUACUUUAGACGAGAUUGAUUACAUUGCCUGUUGUUAAAAUGUGAAAGACGUUACCUUUUUAAAGAUACAUAGACAAUUAAUACUUGGCAAAAUUAAUAAGCCUUUUUGUUUUAUUUUGCGUUUGAAGUUGAUAGAAAGACCCCAAAAACAAGUGAAUAAAGUUGAAUGUUUUUAAUAUCGUUCUUACUUUAAAA